UUUUCUCCGUCCUCGCUCUGACUCUCUCCCGUACGCGGCAGGCACAGCCGGCCGGCGAGCUACCCCCUCAGCCUCUCCCUUGCGGCGGCCUAGGACGGGGCUUCUCCUCCUCUCUCCUUCCGCCGCCUGUGCUGAUCUCCCGCGAGCAGGCGCUGUCGUCCUUCACCCUCGCCGUAGCCAUAGUGCUAAGGUGAAUUUCUGCCAUGGAAACAACUCAGAAAGCUGAUCCAGUGGAGCCAGCAGCUAAGAUUGCUCGACAAGCCUCACAGUUCAAACGGUGGGGUCGGAAACAUCCAUUUGUUCGAUAUGGACUGCCACUUAUUUCUUUGACAGUGUUUGGUGCAGUAGGGCUUGCUCAUCUUAUACAGGGCAGCAAAGAAGUAACAAAGGAAAAGGAGGAUAUGGAAUGGGAGGUUGUAGAGACAACAAAAGCAUUGAGCCGAACAGGGCCAGUGGAAGGAACCUAUAAGCCUAAGAAGCUUUCACUAGAGGAUGAGCUGAAGGCUUUGCAGCAAAAGCUGGACAUAAACAACUACGACUACAAGAAGCUUCCCAGACCCAAUGAAAAAUAAGUGAAUUAAAACAUCAUUUACCAUCCUGCGAAAUGAAGUAACGCUGACUGAUACUAAAUGAGAUGAGGGAACCCCAGCAUCAUACCGGCAACAGCCUUCUGUACUGAUCUAUUAUUAUGAGAACUCUGUGCCCUUUCUGCUACCAUUGUAGAAAAUUUAGGUGAUGAUUCUUGACCGGUAGGAACCAGCAUGUGUAACAACAGCACCUGGCUGUAGUUCUGUAUGUCGACUCUUGUUAGAAUUUUUUGGUGUUCAAAUGCUGCCUCAAGCCUCAAGGGAUGGGUGAAUAAAUUGUAAAAGGGAAACUAAUCUUGACAUGUGAACAAUAGCUAUAUUGUAUGAUCUUCUUCAAAGAGAAUUUGCCGAAUCA